UAUUUAUCAACAGAGACAAGGACAACAUCAGAAAGAAGAGUACCGCAAAUAAUUUGUCGCUUCUACUGGCCCCACAGUAGCUAUGUACGGCUGCGAGUCUUUACGAGUGUUGUGUUCUACGGCCAAAAAAAAUUGAGCGAAGUGACGAGGAGUUUAUUUGACGCAGCGAUGCGUUCUCUGUAGGACAUCACGAGGGCGCUUCUCAGCGUUUGUAACGCGCCGGAAUGUAAGCCUCGGAAGGAUGAAAAACGAAAGGUAGACGUACCAGGACCAGGACGAGGCCUGAAAUUCAAAGAAACAGAAACUGAGGAAAAUAAAACCUGAAUGCCUGAACCCCAGUGGGCGCAAAUAGAUUGAACUCCCUGUUUUUAUCAACAAGACCUAGACGACCUUGAUCUGAGUUUGUACACCUUGAGGACAAUCGGCGACGUCGGUGUCGUGUUACUACAUCAAGAAAUGUCAGUUGAUCUCUCCGCAUCUGCGGGACCACCGCCCGCUUCGAUGAGCGCUUCCUAUGAACUGCAAAAGUAUCGUACUCGUAUAAAUGCAUUGCAAAUUUUCUCAGCAUGAGGAUUAAAAUUUCUAAUGCGGAUUCACCGUAGGAAAAAAAUUUGUCAUGCAUAUUUGCAAUUAAGUACUACGAGCGCAAUACUUUUACACAGGAUACUUCCGCUCCUCCACCAAUGUCAGCAGCGGGGACCGCCGCGGCAGCGAGGGCGGGAUCCGCGUCUUUGGUCGAAUCAGCGGUGGGGACUGCAAAGACCGUCCUGGAUCGCUCAGUCACGGAAGUGAGAAAUUUCGUGGAGCAGAAUCCGAGCCAGAUUCGAGCGACGGUAUUGCAUAGGUGGGUGAGGAAAACCUUGUGUUUUUCGCGAUAAGUUACAAAAUCAUUAGCUUCGGCGGGCGGAGAUAGAGACACAGACGCUAAGCAGAAGCAAAAAAACUGACCAACCAAUAUAUAAAACAGGUUUUCCUGAUGGGCCUGGCCCAGGCGGUAUAUUGCGGCCUUGGCAUCGUGAACAUUUUCGCGCUCUCUUUUACCCCUGUGGAAUACAUGGUAAACCUGUAUCUUUGCCUCUUCGCUGUCGUCACACUGAUUCUGGAGGGGAAGCCGGAGUGGCCGGGCGUUUCCGGGGUGCAAGAGAAAAUUUUCUUCCAAGCGCACUUUUUGUCCACGGUGCACGGCAGGGCGGGCUUCUACAUGUUCCAAGGCACGUUUGGGAUGGCCAGGUGAGAGAUUUAGAUUGAAGAAGCUUCUAGUGCCGGAAAGAGAUGUGAGUACUUUUUAGGUUUGCUGUUUAUUCAUGUCGUUCUGCUCGGCCGGGGUUCUACUCCUCGGGUUGUAAAUUUAGAAGAUCUGAUUUUCAUCCAAAAAUUCCAGAUACGACUCCGAUUUCCUGAUGUUCGUCUUCGGUUUAGGCUUCUUCGCAAUCGGCGCCCUAGUGCUCGCGCAGCAAUACAGAAACCGGGGGCAGACCGCAAAUCUCCCAAGCGAAAACUUGCUGAGGGAUUACCACGGGCAGGGCGGAAACCUGCCGCCUCCGACGGUGAACGCUGUGUGAAGUAGGAGCGGACACGGUUUCUGAACUGGUGGCAGCCCGUGGACUACGCCGCGACGAGAUCGAUUCUAAAAUUGGAUCCGGAUGAUCAAACGCCUGAAAUGCCUCUUAAGCGGCUCUAUGCCUGAAUACUUUGAUACUCUUCAGCAUUUUCCAGUCUCACCUGCGAGCUUCUCGAGCCAGCCUGUUGUACACUAUGAUGUUAUGAGGAUGAGGAAUGAAUACCCGGAAAAUCUAAAUUUUGCGGAAUAGCAAAAUGAACGCGUAGGUCGUGGGAGAGUGACUUGUCUGGAAUGAGCGCAUAGCUUGCUUUUUGAAGAAGUGCACACGUAAAGAUAUUAGAACUCGAGGGCAGGAGCGCCGAAUUUCGUUUAGUCUGCGUUU